AUGGGACUCUCCGCAGAUGCCGGGCGCUCGCUUGCCGUUCCGCACGGCGCUCCACAACGCCUGCGGAAGGGCCUCCUCUUCGGUGAGGUCCAACCUGCGUGGCUGGUCGAACUGAAGAGUUGGCUUUGGUGCCUCUUCUUCAUCGUCUCAUACUUUGCAGUCGGCAUCCUCUUCUACUCACAUGUAGAGACGAAGUC